AUGAGCAGUACGCAAGAUCGAAAGACCGGGGUUCAAGUCGGGGUAGCUGACGAUCCCGAAGAGCCAAACGUUGAGGAAAAUCACGGUGAAGCAAUGUUUUCGUGGGAACGGCGUCCACAAAUGGAUAUCGACAAAUUUCGGAUACACGAUCUCGACGGGGCAACAGAAGUUCGUCGAGGAGCUGGUGGACAACCAAUGGCCAUAGAGAGCUGCAAGGGUAGCAACUUACUUGUGCUCGACCACACGUCCACAAUAACGGUCGACGAUUGCUCAGAUUGCUUGAUAGUGUUAGCUCCUUGUGCUGGCAGUGUUUUCCUACGAGACUGUCAAUCAUGUACGGUACUGGUGGCCUGCCAACAACUUCGAACAAGAGACUGCCAUACGUUACACAUCGCUCUCCACUGCGCUACACAGCCGAUCAUCGAAGAGACUUCGAAUGCCAUUUUUCAUCCGCUGGCAUUGCACUACGACUCGUUUGUCGGUAAGUGA